CCAUUCCCCCUCCCCUUUCCACAGAAACAGCGCCCUCUGGCGGCCAAGAGCCGAGGCGCAGGCUCGUGUUUCUUUGUACUUUGUUUUUUGAAGCUGAAAUCAUCGACUGUAAAUAACGACAGGACCGAAACUCGUCGCGUCUCUUUUUCUGAUCGUGAACAUUUGUACGUGUCAUGGACGGAGGUGAAACUGUGGUGGUUACGGGGUUUGGACCCUUCAGAAAAUACCUUGUUAACCCCAGCUGGACUGCUGCACAGGGAUUGAAGUCAGUUGGAUUGGGAGAGAGAGUAAAUGUUAACAUUAAGGAGGUACCAGUGAGCUACAUCAAAAGCCAACAGAUGAUUGCUGAGCUGUGGCGAACUCUAAAACCAAAGUUCGCGGUACAUCUAGGAAUAGCCAGAGGUUCCAGCGGCAUAGUUUUGGAGCAGACAGCAAAGAACUCUGGGUACUCAGAUAAAGACGUGUGUGGCUUUUGCCCUGAAGGUCACUGCUGUGUGGAAGGAGGACCUGAAAAACUGGACUCCGUGGUCAACAUGAAGUCCGUCGCCAAACGGGUGAAACGAGCAGGGAUGGAUGCUGUUUACUCAAGAGAUGCUGGCAGGUACCUCUGUGAUUAUGUGUAUUACUGUUCACUGUAUCACGGUCAUGGGAGUGCAGCCUUCAUCCACGUACCAUCAUCUGGCAGCCUGGCCUCAUCCGACAGACUGGUGCCCGUCCUGCAGACCCUGAUUCACAUCAUGAUGGAGCAGCUGGAGGGCUCUUCACCAUCAACGUGACGGCUUCAUUACUGCAGGUUUCCUCCA